UUAAGGAAGGGAUGCCCAAUUCAUUACUGGGAUCCCUGUCCAGGUGUAUCCGGGUCUGUAGAAUUGUAUUUUACAGAGAUCAUCGUUUCAUUCACAUAAUUUGAGCAACGAAACAAUUGAAAAAACAAAAAGCUCAACCGGGUAUCUAAUCAAAAACUCGUAGAGCUUCCUGGUUCUUCGACCUUGAACGAUCAGUGAGACAUCAAAGCCAGCAAAACACACAAAAUGCAUUACUGGGUUCGAGCUUCUUCCUCUGAUUUCGGUGGCACUCUUCCCCAACCCCGCAGUGGUCAUACAGCGGUCAGCAUCGGCAAAUCGAAGGUGGUCGUGUUCGGUGGCCUCGUCGACAAGAAGUUUCUCAGCGAUAUCGUGGUCUAUGAUAUUGAAAACAAACUUUGGUUUCAGCCAGAGUGCACCGGAAGUGGGUCUGAGGACCAGGUAGGUCCCAGCCCACGGGCAUUCCACGUUGCAGUUUCAAUUGAUUGUCACAUGUUCAUCUUUGGUGGCCGAUCUGGUAGCAAAAGGUUGGGUGACUUUUGGGUCCUAGAUACAGAUAUAUGGCAAUGGUCUGAGCUCACCAGUUUUGGUGACUUACCUUCCCCACGGGAUUUUGCUGCCGCUUCAGCCAUUGGAAACCAGAAAAUUGUUAUGUAUGGCGGCUGGGAUGGUAAAAGGUGGUUGUCAGAUGUGUAUGUCUUGGACACAAUAUCACUUGAGUGGAUGGAGCUGUCGGUGUCUGGAUCAUUGCCGCCACCUAGAUGUGGCCAUACAGCUGCUAUGGUGGAGAAAAGAUUGCUUGUCUAUGGUGGCAGAGGAGGUGGUGGGCCGAUUAUGGGUGAUUUUUGGGCCUUGAAGGGUCUUAUUGAAGAAGAGAAUGAAACACCUGGAUGGACCCAAUUGAAGCUUCCAGGUCAAGCUCCUUCUCCCCGCUGUGGUCAUACUGUUACCUCUAGCGGACACUAUUUGUUGUUGUUUGGAGGGCAUGGAACUGGUGGUUGGUUGAGUCGUUAUGACAUUUAUUACACUGACUGCGUUGUUUUAGAUAGGGUGUCUGCACAGUGGAAGCGGUUACCUACUGGCAAUGAGCCUCCUCCUGCACGGGCAUACCACUCUAUGACAAGUAUUGGUUCACGUUAUCUGUUAUUUGGUGGUUUUGAUGGCAAAUCGACCUUUGGUGAUUUAUGGUGGUUGGUUCCAGAAGAGGAUCCUAUUGCAAAGCGGUUCACUGUAUCUCCACCAAAUGAUCAUCCUGAAAAUAAGGAUGCUGCAAUAGCAAAUAAUAACGUCCAAUCUGCUCUCCAGGGAAGCCAAAGGGUACAAUCUGCCGUCUCCGAAUUACAGAGAAGAUUGGAAAUUUCAGUUUCCCUCUCUAGUUCUGGGCUUCCAAUUCUAGAUGAGUUGGAAGACAACGAAUUCCUUGAACUCGCAUCAAGUUUGGCUGGACAAAGAGUUUCCAGUAAUUUACAGGCAAUUGAGGCACUUCGUGAUCACUGGAGAAAGGCUAUACCAAGUUCUAUACCACUUAAGGAGCUAGGGCCCUUGCUUCGCGACUACCAACGUUUGGUUGCCCAUAAUCAAUUGGCUAAUGCUGGAUCUGAUAUGCAUUCUCUUGAGUCUGGUUUUCUUGGAAAAGAUUCGUAUCGGUUUUACCAUAUAAGAAAUCCUUCUCAGUUGCGUAUGGAUGAUGUCCCAAAGCUGGUGGCAGAGUACAAACAACUCCUAUCUGAUUAAAAUAGUAUACGGGGAAUGUUCAUUUAGAAGGGAAAAGAAAAGAAUGCCUAAUGGUUUUCUGGGUUUUCUUUAUCACCUGUAAGAUGUUAGUACCUCAAACCAUCAGUCCUUGCACUUGACACGUUGGUAAACUAGUACACCUGCCAUGAAACGUGCUUUGUGAUUUGCUACUGUCUUGGAUUGCUUUUAAUUACAUAAUACCAUAUUACCAUAUCUUGACAGGAGUCA